AUGGAGAUGGGGAUGUAUGGUGGUGUGCGGUACGGAAUUAAAUGGAAAAGGUGUUGCAAAAAAGUUGAAUAUCUUGAACUUGAUACUGAUGAUGAUGGCAGAGAUUUCAGAUUGCUAGCUGAUAUAGAAGGUGAUAUGAUGAUAUUUAACAGCCUUGAGAUGAGAUGGACAGAAAUUUCGGUCUCUUCGGAAAAGUGUCGAGAUAUGGUUUCAUUCAAAGGAAAGUUUUAUGUGGUUGAUACAAGUGGAUGGGGACAUGUAUUUGUAAUCGAACCUUCUUUAGAAGUUUCUGAAAUCCCAUCGGUCACACGGUCGACUUACAAGUCUUCGAAAGAGAAUCUAGUCAAGUCAGGGGAAGAGUUGUUGCUAGUGCAACGGUUUAUACCAGGAGAUAUUCACGAAGAAGAUAUGUGUAAUUGGUUCCCACUAGUAGAAUCUUUUUGUGAACAUAAGUAUACAUGGUUCAGAGUAUUUAGGCUGGAUGAAGAAGGAAAGAGGAGGAAGUGGGUUCAAGUUAAUGACUUGAACGACCGAGUGAUCUUUCUUGGCAAUGAGGCAAAUCUCGGCUGCUCGGUACAAAAGCUUCCAGGUGCAAAGGAGAAUUGCAUUGUGUUCAUUGAUUCGAGAGAUGGUAUUAUUUGUGAGAAUGAAUCAAUCCUUGUAUUUGAUUUAAGAACCAAAAGGACUAGUACUGCCUUCGGUGAAUGCAGAGGCUACAUGGGCGCAUUCGGUGCAAAUAUUGAAUCUCUGGUAUCUUGUGGAGUUAUGGCUAUGCCAAACCCAGCAACAAGCACCUAUGAUUUUAUUAAGUGAUUCUAGGUGGCUCAGAAAAAAGGUUAGAAAAUUGUAAUAUUUUUUUUACAUGUUGAGUAUCAGAUUAAGGUUCGGUUUAAACAAACUCAGUUUGAAAUUUUUUUUGACUCAG